AGUGCUAGAAAGAAAAAAAGUAUCACAGAACAAGUUAGAAGAAGAACAUGACAGGUUCAGAAGCAGUAAAUGGGACAUUGAACUUGAAGCCAACUGAGACAAAGGGAAAGACCAUUAAGUGCAAAGCCGCCGUGGCAUAUGGUCCGGGAGAGCCAUUUGUGGUGGAACAAAUCCUUGUUCAUCCUCCUCAAAAGAUGGAGGUUCGAAUCAAAAUCCUCUAUACUUCUAUUUGUCACACCGAUCUUAGCGCUUGGAAAGCCGAGAACGAGUCUCAGCGUGCAUAUCCUCGGAUUUUAGGCCAUGAAGCAUCCGGGAUUGUGGAGAGUGUGGGGGAAGGGGUGAGUGACAUUGAGGAAGGGGAUACGGUGGUGCCAAUAUUCAAUGGGGAGUGUGGUGAGUGUUCAUAUUGCAAGUGUGACCAAACCAACAUGUGUGAGAGGUUUGGGGUGAACCCCAUGAAGAAGGUGAUGGAAAGUGAUGGCACAAGCAGGUUCUCUAACAUCAAUGCCAAACCCAUUUUCCAUUUCUUGAACACUUCCACUUUCUCAGAGUACACGGUCGUUGACUCAGCCUGCGUGGUCAAACUUCACCCCCACCCCACCCUCAGCCUCAAAACCCUCACCUUGCUCAGCUGCGGGGUAUCCACAGGGGUUGGAGCUGCAUGGAAUACAGCAAAUGUACAUUCUGGUUCCUCUGUGGCUGUCUUUGGGUUAGGAGCUGUUGGGCUCGCUGUUGCAGAAGGGGCACGAGCUAGGGGUGCAUCCAAAAUAAUAGGCGUAGACAUCAACCCUGACAAAUUCAUCAAAGCCCAAGCGAUGGGAGUCACAGACUUCAUAAAUCCAAGCGAUGAAGAGAAGCCAGUGUACGAGAGAAUCAGAGAAAUGACCGAUGGCGGUGUACACUAUAGUUUUGAAUGUACUGGAAACUUGGACGUUCUAAGGGAUGCCUUCUUGUCAGCGCAUGAGGGUUGGGGAUUGACUGUAGUAUUGGGAAUUCAUCCAUCACCAAGGUUACUUCCCAUCCACCCAAUGGAGCUCUUUGACGGUCGCAGAAUUGUAGGAUCAGUAUUUGGAGGUUUCAAAGGGAAAAGUCAGUUGCCUCAAUUUGCCACAGAAUGUGGACAUGGGGUGGUGAGGCUGGAUAAUUUCAUCACUCACGAGUUACCCUUUGAGGAGAUAAACAAAGCCUUCGAUCUUUUGAUUACUGGGAAAUCACUGAGAUGUCUUCUGCACUUGUGAGAAAAGAGCCCCUUUUGACUGGUUGUGAUAAUUCUGAUAGGGCAGUCUCCCCAUUUUCAAGAUGAUCUGUAUUCUUCAGUGGGUGUAUCUAAAUAUGGAUAUGUGAUUUUUGGGAAGGGGUUUGGGUGAUAUUGAACGUUACUUACGCGUUGUUUUCUCGCUGUGGGAGUGUAUAACCUACGAAAGAAAAUAGUUUUAAGAAUGCUGAAUAGUGAGCAAUACUGCUACCUUUUCUUUAUUUAUUU